AUGCCAGGGAACGAUGUGUGUCUCGCCAACAACCUGCAGUCCGGUUCUCUGAGUUCCUCCUUGGAUUCAGACCUCAUGAAGCGUUCCGGUUCUCACCGGUUCCCCCUGCGGGUACUCAAACUGCACCACUCGGAGCGGGACUCUCCCCCCGGCACGCCUAACCCCCCCGCCUCUGCCUCCGCCACCCCCCCUAUCCAGCUCGUCUCACCCACCAAGGUGAAGGAGCGCACAGAGAACCUGACAGAGAAGGUGACUCAGGUGCUGUCCUUGGCAGAGGAUGUGCUUCCAGAGUACAAGCUGCACAAGGCCGAGACCCACAGCUGGAUCAUGCUGCACUACAGCCCCUUCAAGGCGGUGUGGGACUGGGUCAUCCUCAUCCUGGUGCUCUACACGGCCGUCUUCACGCCGUACUCGGCCGCCUUCCUGCUGGACGAGCGCGAGCUCGGGGUGGGCAGCGCCGACGGCGCCUGCGGCUACGCGUGCAACCCGCUGGGCGUGGCCGACGUGGUGGUGGACGUGCUCUUCAUCGUGGACAUCGUCAUCAACCUGCGCACGACUUACGUGGACCGCAUCGACGAGGUGGUCACGCAGCCGAGGCGCAUCGCCGUGCACUACCUGAAGGGCUGGUUCUUCAUCGACCUGGUGGCGGCCAUCCCCUUCGACCUGCUGGUCUUCAGGUCGGGCUCUGAUGAGACGACGACCACUUUGAUUGGCUUGCUGAAAACGGCCCGCCUGCUGCGAUUGGUCCGUGUGGCGCGCAAGCUGGACCGCUACUCGGAAUACGGCGCGGCCGUGCUCUUCCUGCUCAUGUGCACGUUCGUGCUGAUCGCCCACUGGCUGGCCUGCAUCUGGUACGCCAUCGGCUACGUGGAGCGGCCCUACAUGAAGACCGGCUGGCUGGACAACCUGGCCAACCAGCUGGGCAAAAGCUACAACCACAGCGACCCGGCGUCGGGGCCGUCCAACAAGGACAAGUACGUGACGGCGCUCUACUUCACCUUCAGCAGCCUGACCAGCGUGGGCUUCGGCAACGUCUCGCCCAACACCAACUCCGAGAAGAUCUUCUCCAUCUGCGUCAUGCUCAUCGGAUCUCUGAUGUACGCCAGCAUCUUUGGGAACGUGUCAGCCAUCAUCCAGCGCCUGUACUCGGGCACAACGCGCUACCACACCCAGAUGCUCAGGGUCAAGGAGUUCAUCCGCUUCCACCAGAUCCCCGGCUGCCUCAGGCAGAGGCUGGAGGAGUACUUCCAGCACGCCUGGACCUACACCAACGGCAUAGACAUGAACGCGGUCCUAAAGGGAUUCCCAGAGUGUCUUCAGGCAGACAUCUGCCUGCACCUGAACCGCUCGCUGCUGCAGAACUGCCAGGCGUUCCGCGGCGCCAGCAAGGCCUGCCUGCGUGCCCUCGCCAUGCGCUUCAAGACCAUCCACUCUCCGCCUGGCGACACCCUCUAUCACCACGGCGACAUGCUCGUCGCCCUCUACUUCAUCACCCGUGGCUCCAUCCAGGUGUCGCGCCACAACAUGGUGCUGGCGCUGCUGGGUAAAAACGACACGUUUGGGGAGUCCGUUAACCUGUUUGUGGAGACGGGGCGCAGCAACGCUGACGUGCUGACACUGACCUACUGCGACCUGCACCACAUCCAGAGGGACGACCUGCUGGAGGUGCUGGACAUGUACCCCGCCUUCGCAGACACCUUCUGGAGGAACCUGGAGAUCACCUUCAACCUCAGAGAUGUGGAACAGGUGAUCCAGAUGCUGCCCAGCGAGGAUUCAGACUGUGGUAACCGUGGUCACCGGGCCAGGCACCGCCGAAACUCACUGGACAGACGUAACAGACCAGAUGGCAUGGACCAGGAUGACUCCUACCCCCCCACGCAGACGUGCCCUCUGCUGGGGCACACCCACCCCCACCGCCCCUCUGCCCCCUACCCCCUCUGGGACGAGCUGUGCAGCUGUGGCACCAACUCCCGCUCCCAGUCCCACUCCCAGUCCCAGUCCAGCGAGGACCUCAGCAAACCACCUCCCCUGCUGACCCACGGCCAGAAGUACCCCCCCAGUGAGGACCCCCUGGACUACCCCCCCACCGUGGUGCGAUUCUUGUCCCCAGGAGGGGCCUCCUCUGUGGGCAUGGAGAGUGGCAUAGACAGGGGGCACCAAGUAGUUCCGGGGCUUUACCAGUACUGGCCCAAUUGCUCGGCCCAGUUUCCCGAGCGGCACUGGAGGUCCUCAUCAGCACGGGGCACCCGUCCAGCACCCGGUUCACACGACCGACCCAGCGGACUCCAGGCCCGACUCGAUCUACUACAGAGCCAACUCAACAGACUGGAGACGCGUAUGACCGCAGACAUCAACGUCAUCCUGCAGCUCCUGCAGAGACAGAUGGCCCCCGUGCCCCCCGCCUACAGCACUGUCUCCCCUGGCAGUCACCCGCCCGACCCCACCACCCUGUAUGGGCCGCGGGUGCCCACGCUCCAUGGCAUGUACCCGCUCACAUGCCGACCCAGAGACAGCUGGGUAUCCUCACUACAGUGUGCUGCCCAGCCAGAGGCCAAGUUGAGCCAGAGAUCCCAGGAGUCCCUGUCCAGCAGCGUCCACGUUACUGUGGUGUCGGACGAGGAGGGCAGCGUGCCCGUGACCCCGGAGACGGACCUGGCGGCGAGCCCCGACGCCCAUGCUCAGGAGGAGAUGAGGUCAUCGCUGAUGGACACCCCAUCGCUUAGUGCCUCCCAGCGCUCCCCGUCAUUGCCCGGCAACCUGGACGCGUCGCUGCCCUUUGCUGAGAUCCAGAAGCACAUGUCGGAUCCUGUCCUUCCUGUCAGCUAGAGACACCACGUCACAUGACUCGUCCACCAGGACCACUGGCCACUGCAGCCUCCUAAGACCUGAGAGACUGGGUCUCGUCGCGCCUUAAUUUGGGGUUCACAGGCUUGACUUCUAGACUGCAUGUCUCCAUAGAGACAACAGGAACAAAGAACUGCAUACGACUCCAGUUCAACCAACUCAGCUGGUUUGAGUAGUUUAAACCACCAUACACCUCAUGCAUUUCAGUGAUACAUAUUUUGCAUUCCUGUGCUGUAAGCACUGAUUUUACAUUCCCCUGGGUUUCGUACAAUAGAAUGGCACUACAUUGUGAAUAGCCUUGGUAACCAAUAGGAAUGUCCAUUCUGUCAAUCUCUCUAUAUGUAACAUACAAAAUGAAAUUUGUAGAUGUUACAAAAUAGUAGUUAACAAUACUACAUAGCAGCUAACCUGACAUGUUAUAUUUGUCAAAACUGGCAGAGAAACUGUUAUUUAAAAGCUCUACCGAAACUGUUAUUUUUCUGCUGUUAUUGAAGACUGUUCCCAACAUCAAAGAAAACACAGGAAGUAACAGUUAGUAGACAAUCUGUUUGUUUAGAAGUCAUAGUCCAGUUUUAGAGCUUAU